ACAUGGCCGCGCCCAGUGUUUGGAGCAUGGAAUGAAGGCAUGAAUUCAGUAGAUUUCACGUAAACGUUUAACAGUAAAUCUGUGAUUAAUGUAUGUAUACCACAUAGAAACAGUAAUAUUCGACUACCUGAUUACCAUGUGAGAAGAGUAGAGUGGUCCGGUGCGGUACUAUGGACAUGGAAACAGCAGGGCCGGUGGUGCUGGACACAUUGUCCAGGGCGUGCAGCCAGGACGCCAGUGUACUGAAGCCUGCAGAGCAUCAACUACAGCAGUGGGAGACACAGCCAGGAUUCUACUCCAUCGUUGCUAGAAUAUUUAGUAACCAUGAUAUCGACACCAACGUGCGGUGGUUGGCUGUGCUGUACUGUAAGAAUGGCAUUGACAGGUACUGGAGGAAGACGGCUCCACAUGCGCUGGCAGAAACAGAGAAGGAUCUCAUCCGUAAACAACUCAUCUCCAACUUCAAUGAACCAGUGCCACAGGUAGCGACUCAAGUAUCAGUGUUGACGGCAAAGGUCGCUCGUCUCGACUGCCCCCGGGGAUGGCCGGAGCUUAUUCCUACAGUUCUACAAGCUGUGCGAUGUAACGACCAGUUGGUCCAGGAGAGGGCGCUGCUCACGCUGCAUCAUGUGACCAAAAUGCUGGCAUCUAAACGACUAGCAGCAGAUAGGAAAAUGUUUGAAGAUGUGACAAAGGAAAUCUUCGGCUAUGUACUGAGUCUGUGGAACGGCCACCUGUCCCACUUCCUGCAGCUGGCAGGCAGCCAUGAUGAGGGCAUGAUGGUGGCGGUAGACCGCUGCAUACUCACGCUCAAAAUUUUAAGGAAGCAGACAGCAUUUGGAUUCCGUGAACUUCACACAAACCCAGAAUCAGUUAACUUCCUUGGCUCCAUCUUCCCCCACCUGGAGGCCAUGUUGGACUGUCGGCGGAGUCUGUGGGGUCACCAUAGUGUUGUGGAGAAGUGUGAGCGGGUCAUUGUCACCUUGACCAAGAUACUCCUAGAUGUCCUCACCAUGCAUCCCAACUCGUUCCUCGGCUACAUCAAAACUACCCUGCAGUUUGUGGUCAAAUACAACUUCACAGAGAAAGGUCUUCUGUUUGAACGAUUUGCCGUCAACUGCUUCAAUCUGAUGAAAGGGAUCCUGUUCAGUGAAACCUACAAGCCCCGUAAAUCUGUUCAAGAACAGGAAACAGUGAGUCAGAUUAGUAUGGAAGCUCAUCUGAUGGUGAAGGAGUUCUUUACGUUCCAAAUGUUGGCGGAGAUAUGUCGUCGCCUGGUGCUCCAGUACUUCCUGUUGACAACAGAUGACCUGACCACCUGGGACGCAGAUGCCGAGGAGUUCUGUCAGGAAGAAGGAGGGGACUCAUUCAAAUAUUCUCUACGGCCAUGCACAGAGGUGCUGUUCCUGACAAUCUUCAAGGAGUUCCGACUCUCACUUACCCCCAUACUCAUGGAAAUGGUACAGUCCAUUCACGGACCAUGUGACCCUGAUAGUCUGGAGGCCAUUUUGAAAAAAGAUGCAAUUUACAAUGCUGUUGGUCUGGCGUCCUAUGAUCUCUAUGACGACAUAGACUUUGACAACUGGUUUUCAUCUACCCUCUUGGGAGAACUGCGAGUUAAGAAUGACAGCUACCGGAUCGUGAGGAAGCGUGUCAUCUGGUUGAUUGGUCAGUGGGUGAGUGUGAAGCUGUCGGUGAAGCUGCGGCCGACGCUGUAUGAAGCCAUCCUGUCAGUCUUGCGGACAGAGGAGGAUCUGGCCGUCAGACUGGAGGCCGCUGCAACACUGAGGAGUGCUGUUGAUGACUUUGAAUUCAACCCGGAACAGCUACUACCGUAUGUGGAGCCUCUGUUCUCACACCUCUUCCAACUGCUCACACAUGUCAGGGAAUGUGACACAAAGAUGCAUGUGCUCCAUGUCUUCUCGUUUGUGAUAGAGAGGAUGGGGGCCAUGAUCCGUCCCUACACAGCGGCACUGCUGCAGUAUCUGCCCGGCCUCUGGCAGGAGUCGGCUGACCACAACAUGCUCCGCUGUGCCAUCUUGUCUACACUCAUACACCUCGUACAGGGUUUUGGGUCCAUGUGCACCAACUUCCAUGACUUCCUGCUGCCUGUGAUACACCUGAGUACCGAUGUCACCCAGGACCCCCACGUGUACUUGCUGGAAGAUGGCCUUGACCUUUGGCUUAUGACCUUGCAUCACUCUCCGCUCCUCACUGAAGGCCUCCUGAAACUCUUCAACAACAUGCCUUCAUUGCUAGAGCUGGGCACAGAGAACCUUCGGGUGUGCCUGAAGAUCAUCGAGGCGUACAUCUUGCUAGGCCCCAGGGACUUCAUGCAGCACUUCCACAGUGUGCUGGUGUCGAGCCUGUCCAGUCUGAUGACCGACAUCCGGGCCGAGGGCCUCAUCCUGAUCCUCCGUUUGAUCGAACUUGUCUUUCGAGCAUUCCCUGCGGAUGGACCACGUCUCUUCUCCCCUAUGCUGCCAGGACUGCUGAAGGAUAUUCUGGCUCCUGAAGAGAAUCCCAUGCUGAUGUCCAUGUACCUGUCUCUGUUCAGUCGAGUGCUGCUCCAGAACCAGGAACUGAUGUGGUCCGUGUUGGAGCAGACGGCACCUCACCUAGGACAGGACAGCCAGCAGGCACUGGGGAAGCUCCUUGAUCUGUGGUGUGACAAGAUGGACUGGGUCUCCCAGCCCGAGCGUAAGAAAAUCUGUGCUCUUGCCCUGUCAUCACUCCUUACAGUCAACCUCAGCACGGUGGUGGAAAAGUUCUCUAGCAUCAUCAACAUGUGUGUCGAGGUCCUCCAUGACGUGUGCCGCCAGGACGAGGUGACAGGUGUGCAGAUCGACUUCCUGGUGAUGGGUGACCAGGAUGGACCCCCGGAGUCCGGGAUGGAGGGCGACCAAGAAGAUAACGAACAUGAGAGGAGGAAGAAGAUGCUUUCUCGUCAGGAUCCUGUUCACUCUGUGUCUCUGAAGGACUACAUGGUGUCACAGCUCACACAAUGUCAGCAGAGUCACGGACAAGUCAACUUUGACCGGCUCAUGGAGUCUGUGGACCCGGACAUCAGCUCACAGCUAAGAAUGUUCUGUGCCUGAGCUGUCGUGGGACAAGUGGCAGUGGAAUGUUCUGUGCACAUGUGGCCACACCAAGUCACAUCAGAGGAGGUCCAUGCCUGACUACUCUGUUGUGUCCAUGUCAGCUUGCACCGGAGUAUGUUCUGCUCUCGAGUGAUCCAACUUGCACCGGAGUAUGUUCUGCUCCCGAGUGAUCCGACUUGCACCUGAGUAUGUUCUGCUCCCGAGUGAUCUGACUUGCACCUCAAUAUUCAGUGACUUGUGUGGCUAAUUAAUUGGCUAAGGCCAGCAACCAAUAAGUUAUUCGUUUUAUCCAAACUGUAACAAGAUGAAUGACCUUUUACACAACAAGACAAACGGUAACAAAGUUAUCGUUACCAGUGCACACAACUUGUUUUGAGUUAGAUAUUUCUAAUUGAAACCUUGAUCCAUCUUUCACACCAGCCGCCUCUCAGUAUGGUAAAGUGAGAAGAGAGGCAAUUGUGACAUGACUUUCAAGACUGUAAAACAACCAAAACAUGACAUCUGUACAGGCAAGCUUGGUUCUUCAGGACAGUGACUAGCCAGUCAGAUAGCUGGAUAUUUAACAAGUCAUGACAACACAAUUUACUGUUCAUGUAAUAGUUAUGCUCAUAAUGAAUAUGGAGGCAGUUAUUGGUGAUUUGAAUACUCUUCUGUUAAGGUAGAAUUUUAUGUCAAAAUAUGGAGGCCAUGAAUAUACGGGACAAGCACCCUGUCGUGUGUACCCAUUUCAGCAUGGUUCUGCUUCCAUGUGAUGGACAACCAGGACCCUUUUCCACUAAUAUUUCAGCAUGGCUUUGCUGCAGCGACACGGAAGAAAUAGGACUACUGGAGGCCGACUGAAGAGGUACAGUGAAACCUGGCAAUUGGCUGUUCACUGUUUGGAAUGUUUGUAUAUACUACACAAAAGAAGUUAAGGACCACCCGAUUCUUUCAUAUUACUAAAGUUAUAUGUGUCAUACCAGGACAGAUUAACAAUAGUAAUGUUAACCAAUCGGGUGAUCCUUAACUUCUUUUAAGUAGUAUAAAAUAAAAGGGUCUUUGUUAUAUGGGAGUGGUUCUGUCCAGAUUAUCAGUGUUAACACUGUACAUAGUAUUAAUAUCCCAGGGAUCUGCUGUUCUCAUGGAGCUUAUGUAGGGAUACCCAAUUGUCAUGCUUGUAAUGGACAGCUCAGUUGAUGGUGAAUUAUUUCCAGGAGUUAUGUGUGGUGCGUAACAUGAGGAAGUUAUUGGAGUUGUAUGUUUCUACAUACAUGAUAUUGUUGCAUGGGCCUGUAAACCUGAAGUAUGUGAUGAUAUUGUUGAUGAUGUUGUUAUGGGUAUACGUUGAAGUAUAUACAGAGGCCUUGUUUCCACGUGUACAAUAUGGUGUAUUUCUUGUACAUACUUUAUUUCUGUCAUGUAUAAAUUCUGAAUGUAACUCAUGUACAGGGAUAUGUUUCAUGUUGUGAGAAUAAAGAAACAAACAUUCA